AUGGAAAAGUUCCACUUUAACCCAAUUCCGUUAAAUUACAAAACAAUUAGGUACUUCCCAAACAUUGAGACACUUCAUUUGUGGGAAGAAGAGGAUGAAUAUUUUGGCAAUGAAUUUAUGACGAACACAGAAGAAAAUGAAGAUUGUGAAAAUGAAAAUAGUGAAAAUGGAGUUGUUUUAAAAAAAGAGUUCUAUCGAAUCAUUGUGUGGUUUACUGUUGAUUUUGAAACUGUUUACAUAAACAAAAGUCAAAACAUUGAGUUCAAAAAUGUUACCUACACUCAAAAUGAUAGAAAGAAAUUUGGUAAUAACAUACCAUCUAGUGUGACAUCAAUUGGUCAACAAUGUUUUUAUAAUUGUAUUAAGCUAAGCAGUGUUACAUUACCAUCUAGAAUGACAUCAAUUAGUGAUUGUUGUUUUAAAGAAUGCAGUAGUUUGAGCGAUGUUACAUUACCAUCUAAUUUAAGUGGUGUAAACAUACCAUCGAGUGUAACAUCAAUCAGUUAUUGUUGUUUCUAUGGAUGCAGCAGUCUAAGCAGUCUCAAGAUACCAUCAACUAUAACAUCGUUAGGUCUACAAUGUUUUUAUGAUUGUAGUAAUCUAAGUAGUGUUACAAUACCAUCACGUGUUACAACAAUUGGUGAAAAAUGUUUUUGUGGAUGUAGUAGUCUCGGCAAUGUCACAAUACCAUCUAGUGUGGAAUCGAUUGGUAAAGAAUGUUUUUAUUUUUGUAUUAAUCUAAGCAGUGUUACAUUACCAUUAAAUGUGACAACAAUAAAAAAUGAAUGUUUCUAUUAUUGCACUAAUCUUUGCAGUGUUACGAUAUCACCACGUGUUACAAAAAUUGGUUAUAAAUGUUUCGGUUAUUGUAUUAGUCUUAGCAAUGUAACAAUACCAUUAAAUGUAACAUCAAUUGGUAAAUGUUGUUUCUUUAAAUGUACUAGUCUCAGCAAUGUAACAAUACCAUCUAGUGUGACAUCAAUAGGAGAAUAUUGUUUCCAUAAUUGCAGCAAUCUAGGCAGUGUUACAAUAUUAUCAAGUGUGUCAUCACUUGAAAAACACUGUUUCCCAUCAAACACAGUAGUUCAUCGAGGUUAA